AUGGUUUGCACUGAUGAGAAACACAAGAGCCAGUAUGACCGGAUCGUUGAAGAAAAGGAUGCAGAGGCGUUGGAUGAGAACAAGAAUGAAAGAGAGGAGGCUGUGGUCACCAGAGGGAAUCACCUGUCCUACCGGAUAAGCGAACCACCUUUCCCUGAGAGAAAGCAGCACCUGGGGAAGAGCCCUUUGAGUUUGACCCAGAUGGAGAGAAACCAAGGUUUUAACUUCAAGCUGUUGGUGCCCCCCAGGUUGAAUAAUGGACAGGUAUGUGCUGUUAGACCUCAGGAAAUUGUUGAGAGUUGUGGUGACUUCAUGAAUACAUUUCAGCAGGGUUACAGUAGGUGUUUUGACAAAGGACAAAACAUGCCUUUCCCAAAUACAAGCCUGGUCACACCAACUAAACCAAUCAGACAAGACUUUCCCAAUAUGAAAGUUGUGCCACCAAUGGAAAAAGACGAGAAUAAUUGCAAUCCUGGACAGCUUUGUUCCAAGCUCUUUGAGGAAGUUGAGAAAAUGAAGUGUUGGAAGGUCAAAGUUGACUCUGACACUGUGCAAAAGGAGAGAAGACUCCAAGAAAACAAAAGGACAAUAGAAACUCAGCGCAAAGCCAUUCAAGAGUUACAGUUUGGAAAUGAAAAUCUCAGCAUAAAGCUGGAGGAACAAAUAAGUGAAAAUGAGGAUUUGAGGAACAAAAACAAUGCAACCAGGAACUUGUGUAAUAUACUGAAAGACACUUGUCAGCGGUCAGCUAAGAAUAUGCAGCUGUUUGAAUCUGAAAGAGAGGAAACACAUCACCUGGUUAUGGAAAAUAGUGAGAGCAUUCAGAAACUGAUUGCAGCAUUCGAAAGCCUUCGUAUUCUAGCAGAAGCUGAUCAACAAGAGAUGCAGAAAGUGAAAGAGGGCUUGCUGCAAUUUGAAGAGCUAAAAGAGAAAUAUUGUCAAGAAUAUGCCAUGAAGGAGGAAGAGGUGGCUGGGCUUCAGAUAAAGCUUAAGAAUACGGAAAGUGGACUAGAGAAAGUCCUGCUUGACCUCCAUGAAACCCAAAAGCAUUGCAAACAACUCCAAGAGACAACAAAUCAACAAAAUGAACUUCUCAAAAGCUCAAAAGCUGAACAGGAAUCCCUUCUUCAACAACUGCACACUGCUGAGCAGAGCUAUGAAGAAACUCAGAAAAAUCGUGAAGCUAUUGCUGCAGCCCUGGAACAAAGUAAAGAAGAAUAUGCACAGAUCAUCCAAAGCAAAGACUUAAGCUUGCAGGAGCUCAGCAGAGUUAAAAAUCAACAAGCAGAGAAGCUGGAGCAGAUUCAGACAACCAUUAAAGAGCUACAGGAUUCAUUAGCCCUAGAGAUACAGAGGGCCAAAGAACUGGAGGAUAAACUAAUGGCAAAAAACAACGAACUUGAAAGGAGAAACACACUUUUACGAGAGACCAUGGACCAGAGUGCAAAGAAAGAUGGGCAGAUCAAAAUCCUUGGAGAUGAACUGGACAUCAAAUUAAAAUCCAUUGAGUCCAUGAAGGGUAAGAUUGAUGUAACUGAAGUCAGAGUGGAGGAACUCACAACAAAGCUUUCAAAGAGAACCGAAGAGGUCAAACUAUUUAAGAAUGAAGCAGAGAUGGCCUUUGCUCAAAAUGAUCUACUGAAGAAGGCUUGUGAAGCUGCUGAAAAGGCAAAAGAAGAUUUAAAGGAGAAGUCAACUGAGACAGAGAUCAAAGUGCAGGAGCUAGAGGCAGAGUUGUUUACUGAAAUAAAGAAAAAUAAAGAACACACCUUUCAAAUGGAGCAACUGAGGAAUGACAUUACACUGCAUAAAGUAAAGUAUGAAGAGCUAUUAUCCAACUUUAAUGAGCUUCAGUCUGAGAAGAUGGCCAUUCAACAGCAGUUUGAGAGUGAAUCCUCUAGUGUGAAAGCUGUUGAGGCAAAUAUGAAGGUGAGCGAGGAGAAGACUGUGAAGCUCACAAGAGAAAUUCAUAGACUCAAAGAAGAAAACCAAUGUUUACGAGAGGAAGCAAACUCCAUUAAAACCAAAAUCCAAGAGAAAUGUCAAGAAACUGAGACUCUGCACAAGAAAAUGGAAGAAAAUUAUGAACAUCUGCAGGAGAAAAUUACAGAAAAAGAAAAACAGAUCAAAGCUGUUGAAACAAAGGUAAAAAAAAAAAAACACACAAAUAAAAAUGCUCUAAACAGUUCACUUGUAUAUUUUCAGAAUAAAAUACUGAAGAAACAAAUAACAAAGGAGAUUGCAAAAUCCAGUCAACUUGAAAAUGUGAUCAGCAGUCUUCAUGAUGAGUCCCAGAACCUUGAAAAACUGAAUGAGGAAAUCCAUCAGAAAUUGCUCAAGGAUCUUGAGUACAAAUCCACCUUUGCAGCAGAACUUGAGAAUGAGGUACAAAAGAUCAAAUUAACAGCAGCAGAGGCCAUCAAGAACAAGGAAGAUGCAGAACUUAAGUGUCAACACAAGAUAGCGGAUAUGGUUGCACUGAUGGAGAAACACAAGAGCCAGUAUGACCGGAUCGUUGAAGAAAAGGAUGCAGAGCUUGAUGAGAACAAGAAGAAAGAGAAGGAGGCUGUGUCCCAGAGGAAAUCACUGGAGUUGGAUCUUUCAAAACAUAAGACUGAAAAUGAGCAGUUGAAGAAACAGCUGAAGACUGAAACAACAAAGAAGGAAAACCUGCAGAAGGAGCUAACUGAUUUGAAGAAAGAAAUGUCAUCAAUGGAAAUCACUCAGGUGUCAGAAGCAGAGAACAAGCAGUCACCUGCCUCAAACUAUAAACAAGGACGAUGUUCAGAGACUCCAAAAGACAGUGCUUCAAAGAGACGCAUAUUUGAAUUCUCCAAGACCAGGAAAACUCCCUCCUACUGCAAAGAUAAUGGAAGUGCUGCAGUUAUGAAGAAUGCUGAAUCUGACACUGAAUCCCUCAGAAAGUCAUGUGGAACAACACCAAAGAACAAGGAUGCUCACACUGAAGACCUGAAAACCCCGAGUAUGACAAACAGGGUUGGCGGAACAUCAAAGAUCAAAUCCUACAGGAUAAGGACACCACCUUCCGCUGAAAAAGCAGCACACUGGGGGAAGAGCACCUUUGAGUUUGACCCCAAGUCUGACAGCUCUGAUCAAAAUGAUCUAUUGAUCCAGAGCCCUGUCACUAAAUCACCAGGGAGCUUGUUGAAGCUAGCUGCAAUGAAAAGGGUGAGAGAUGCUGGUUGGACCGCAGUGACACGCGGUGACAAGAAAAAGAAGAAAAACAAUGAGAAGAUCUUUGCAUAAGUAGUGCUGUUACAGGUCAGAUAAACCGUAUUAGCAAUAUUACACAGGUUUAGGAGUUGAUACUCAAGUAAACUUGAUAUCUUAACAUACAUAGAUGGUUUUGUUAGGGAUUAAAUAUAACAUAAUAAUAAUAGUAACAGGCAAAUAUAUUUCUUUACAUGCAGAGAAAAUAUUGUUAUGGAUCAGUUAAACAGUAUUGUUUGUGACAUGCAGAUUUAGGUGUUCAUGUUCUAGCUUUUAAGCAAGUUUGCUUGAGAUUUGGAGAUAGAUUUUGAGUGAAGUUACCCUCCAUGUUAAGUACUUUGCAAUAAAUUCUAUUCUAUGAAAUAAUUUAUCUUAACUAAUAUACACAUGAAAUCUCUAUUUUGAACAAGUUCAUAUUGUUGGUGUUGGGAAAGAGUAGUUGUUAUGUAUUACUCUCUUAGUAUAUUUAUCUAUCCUAGAGUUGACAGUGAAAUCAGUAAAAGUAAUGUUCAAAUUGAUCUUUUUUGUUCCUUUUUGAAUGUUCUUCUCAUCAUCAUUUUCUCUUCCUCUCAGACAUUAGCCUCUCAUAAAGAGCUUAAAUGUCAAUGUGAAAUUUCAGUCUUGAAAUUGUAUGAAUUCGUGGAUGAGGAAAAAUGUCCGUGUCCAUGUCUGUUAUGUAUUAAAGGUGACAUCUCAAA